UUCAUUACAAAGUGCUGUUUCAAUUAAUUUUAAGUUUUAUAUAUUAUAUGCCAGUGGAAAGUUCUGUUGUACUGAACAAAAACUGUGAUUAUAGUUAAUUGCCCAAAUUUAUGUAAUCCACAUUACAGUAUUUAACUAAGUUGGGGUCAUUAAAUAUGUUCUGCAUUAUAUAAUUGAGUCAGAUAUUCAAGAUUUGUUGACAGGUUAAGGGGUCCAGAUUUCUUGUCCUUAGGUUUUUGGGUCUGAAGUUCAGUGCAUAACUGUAGCUUUCGGGUAUGAUUCAUGCUGAAUAUUGAGUAGACCUGCCAUAUAUAAGGCCUCCAGGACUUGCCCCACUACACAUUCAUCUUGAAAAUGGCAUCUGCAGUAUCUACUGAAACAUUGUACCCCGUACUGAAAUCUUUUCUUGUGGGGUCAUUCUCUGGAACAUUUUCAACCAUAAUAUUUCAGCCACUGGACCUGGUUAAAACUCGACUACAAAAUCCAACACCAAAAGCUUUUGGGGCCAGACCAGGACAGUCAUGUGGAAUGACAGCCAUUAUAGGGCAUAUUCUGCAAAAGGAACAUGUGUUUGGGUUGUGGAGGGGCAUGACCCCCUCCAUCACUCGCUGUGUGCCAGGUGUUGGUCUGUACUUUUCCUCCCUCCAUUGGUUAAAAUCAAAUAUGACAUCUGGUGACCCGGGGCCAAUUGAAGCUAUUCUUUUGGGCAUGGUGGCUCGAUCAUUGAGUGGAGUGUGUCUCAUUCCAAUCACUGUCAUCAAAACAAGGUUUGAGAGUGGUGUCUACGAAUAUGGGGGCAUGACUGAAGCCUUAAGGAUAAUCUACCGUACUGAAGGAGUUCGAGGUCUGUGCUGCGGACUUGUGCCUACGUUACUCAGGGAUGCGCCAUUCUCCGGACUUUACUUCAUGUUCUACACGCAGACGAAGCGUGCCGUGCCUCAUGAAUGGCUUCAUUCAAACUUGUCAGCGCCUGUCAGCUUCUCGUGCGGUCUUGUUGCCGGGCUUUUAGCAUCAGUCGUGACGCAGCCUGCUGAUGUUGUUAAAACCAAAAUGCAGCUCUAUCCCAACAAGUUCAGUGGCGUUUAUAGUGUUCUUAUUUAUAUACAUCAGAAAUAUGGUAUUCAAGGCUACUUCAAGGGACUGGUACCUAGAAUGCUACGAAGGACACUGAUGGCUGCUAUGGCGUGGACAGUAUAUGAACAAGUUACAAGAAGUAUUGGCUUGAAGUGAUGCAACUUUCUCAAAUGUGGCAUACAAUUUCUACAUGUUCAUUGUAAUAAAAUAAUAUCUAAGCUGGAAAUUUCUUCCAGCUAAGAAAUGUUUCAAGUCUUAAAAAUUAAAGAUUAAAAAUGAACAUGUGAAUCCACUUUAAGGAGUCUUGAACUAAAAGACUAGCCAGCUAACUUCAUGGAGCAGAGUUCUUGAGAAGCUAGUAGUGACUUACAUGGUGAAGACGUUUUCCCUGUGUCUCCUCUGGAAAAUGAUGUUUAUUAUCAUUUUCACAAGAGCCUACCACUUUAAACGUACAAAUGAGAUGCAGAGGAAUUUAGAAUUUCUUAUCAGUUUGAACUUAAUUUUCAUUGCCCUUUGACAUUAACCUUAUUAUCAUUUGUCUACCAAAGAUGAUUCCUGUGUCCUGCAUUAUUAGUAAGCUAAAUGUAGCCUUCAGUUUAUUGGUGGUUUAAUUCUUUGUGCCCAACUACAGUCAUGUAGGGUGAGAAUUUUGUUUGUUGCUCAUAAUGUUAUGUUUCAGAAGGAUGAAAAUGAAUUAGCUAUGCUGAUAAUCUAUUCUAAUAUUAUGAACAGUUACGUAUUUUUGUAUGAGAUGUCAGUAUUUAUGUACAUUUGAAUAAAAAAAUGUUUAAGAAAGUGUAA